AUGAUGGAAGCUAGAGUUCAUUUUGGCCACGAUACUAGAAAAUGGAAUCCUAAGGAUGGGGAUCUCCCUUAUCAACUUGGAAAUCUCUCACAGUUGACGUAUCUUGAUCUUAGUGGAAAUUCAUUUUGUGGAGCACUCCCUUACGAGGAUGGGAAUCUUCCUUUGUUGCACACUCUUGGACUUGAAGAUACCGAUAUUCAAUCUCUGUUUCAUUCAUAUUCCAAUUUGCCAACUUCUCUCAUAUUCCUUGAUCUUUCUGUCAAUAUGCUAACAUCCUCAACAUUUCAAUUUUUAUCAAACUUUAGCCUCAAUCUUCAGCAGCUUGAUCUUUCUCGUAAUAACAUUGUUUUGUCAUCUCCUGUCUACGCAAACUUUCCUUCUCUUAAUUCUUUGUCUUCUCUUGUCUUCCUUGAUCUCUCCUUAAAUCUGUUGAAAUCAUCAACUAUAUUUUACUGGCUCUUUAACUCCACUACCAAUCUACGUGUUUACAUUGGGUAUAACCUAUUAGAAGGUGUCAUUCCAGAUGGAUUUGGGAAAGUAAUGAAGUCUCUUGAAGUUCUUGACCUCUAUGAUAACAAACUGCAAGGCGAGAUUCCAUCUUUCUUGGGGAAUAUAUGCACAUUGCAGAGGUUAGGCCUCUCAAACAACAAGUUGAACGGGGAAAUUUCUAGCUUCAUCCAAAAUUCGUCGUGGUGCAACAGACACGUGUUUCGGAGUUUGUUUUUAUCUUAUAACCGGAUUACCGGCAUGCUACCUGCAAGCAUUGGAUUGCUAUCUGAGUUGGAGUAUCUUUCUUUGGAAGGAAAUUAUUUAGAGGGUGAAGUCACUGAAUCCCAUCUCUCGAAUUUUUCCAAAUUAAGAAGUUAUAGUGCCUACAUGUAUGUUUAUAAGCUUUACACAACAUUGAUGUGGAAAGGUGUGGAACGUAGGUUUCCGGAUCCUGAACUCAAUCUUAAGAGCAUCCAUCUCUCAUACAAUAAAUUAACAGGGAAAAUACCAAAGGAGAUUGGAGAUUUGCUCGGGUUAGUUUCUUUAAAUUUAUCAAGAAACAAUUUGAGAGGAGAAAUUCCUUCUGAGUUUGGGAAUUUAAGUUCACUAGACUCCCUUGGCUUAUCAAGAAAUCAUUUCAGUGGGAAAAUUCCUUCUUCUCUUUCUCAAAUUGACGGUAUUAGCAAAUUAGACUUGUCACACAACUCUCUUUCUGGAAGAAUCCCAUCUGGAAGCCAUUUUGAGACCUUUGAAGCCUCAAGUUUUGAAGGAAAUAUUGACCUUUGUGGUGAACAACUUAACAAAAGUUGUCCUGGAGAUGGAGAUGGAGAUGAAGAACAGUAA